GUUGCGUCAGAGUGUUGCUGUUGUGCAGGUGACGGUGUGUGUCGGUGAAGGCUGGGGCUGAUUUAGUCGGAGCCUCUGCGGUUUCACUUGCCGGGCGCUGCUGGAAACGGACACGGAGCACAAGCAGCUUCUGCUCUCUUUAUUUGUAUUGUUCUGGAAUAUAAAUAAACCCGGAGGAACAAUAUUUCCCCCUCCACAGACAGACCUCUCUUUUUACCAUGGUAACUCCGGGAUGACAGUAGAGCUUUUUAGAAAAUUACUCGAUACCAGUUUGCGGCCACCAACACUGCGGAUCCUUUUCCAACCGUUUUUGCGGCGGACGCUUAGAAGGCCGUCGCACUGGGGCUCGAGACGGGGGGAGAGAGAGAGGGAAACAGCGCCGAGGGCCGCGAGACGCGGACAGCACACCGCCGACUUCCGGGGGUUCGGGGCGGCAGCGGGCGACUGCGGACGUCGCUCACGGGAAGGACGAGCACUGUUAACGUCGGAGCGCAGCUGGGACGUCGAGGGACUCGGCAGCGGCCUUCAAAAUGUCCAGGAAAGUGCAGAGGAGUGAGGUGUGCGCCGACUGCAGCGCCCCAGACCCUGGCUGGACGAGUAUUAACCGGGGGGUGCUGAUCUGUGACGAGUGCUGUUCUGUUCACCGCAGUCUGGGUCGCCAUAUCUCCAUUGUCAAACACCUUCGACACAGCGGUUGGCCACCCACAUUGCUGCAGAUGGUACAGAUGUUGGCCAGCAAUGGGGCAAACUCCAUCUGGGAGCACUCCCUGCUGGACCCUGCUCAAGUCCAAAGUGGCCGCAGGAAACCCAAUCCCCAGGACAAAGUGCACCCCACCAAGUCAGAGUUCAUUCGGGCCAAGUACCAGAUGCUGGCAUUUGUGCACAAGUUGCCUUGUCGUGAUGACGACGGUGUUACCACCAAGGAUCUCAGCAAGCAAUUGCACUCCAGCGUGCGAACUGGUAGCUUGGAAACCUGUUUGCGGCUCCUGUCCCUGGGUGCGCAGGCCAACUUCUUCCACCCGGAGAAGGGCACAACCCCUCUGCAUGUGGCUGCCAAGGCAGGGCAAAUCCUCCAGGCAGAGCUGCUGGUGGUAUAUGGUGCUGACCCUGGAGCCCCUGACAUCAAUGGUCGUACACCCAUGGACUAUGCCAGGCAGGCAGGGCAGGUAGAGCUGGCCGAGCGACUUGUCGAGUGCCAGUAUGAACUCACUGACAGGCUGGCAUUCUAUCUGUGCGGCCGACGCCCGGAUCACAAAAAUGGCCAUUACAUCAUACCACAGAUGGCAGACAGAGCUCGCCCCAAGUGUCCGACGCAGAGCCUGGACCUGUCGGAACUGGCCAAGGCAGCAAAGAAGAAACUCCAAGCACUCAACAACCGGCUGUUUGAAGAACUAGCCAUGGACGUGUACGAUGAGGUGGAUCGCAGGGAAAAUGAUGCAGUGUGGCUGACAACACAGAACCACAGUACACUGGUGACAGAGCGCAGUGCUGUUCCUUUCCUACCAGUCAACCCAGAAUACUCCGCCACACGAAAUCAGGGUCGACAGAAGCUAGCUCGUUUUAAUGCUCGGGAGUUUGCCACCUUGAUCAUCGACAUUCUGAGUGAUGCCAAGAGACGUCAGCAGGGCAAGGGACUCACGAGCCCUGUGGAUCCCUUGGAUUUGGGUCAUGGUGAUGAUGACCAGCAUGACUAUGACAGUGUAGCAUCAGAUGAGGACACAGACAGCGAGCUGACAACGCAGAACAACACCAACGCCCAACGUAACAAUCGUGCCAAGAGUAUGGACUCCUCAGACCUUUCGGAUGGGCCCAUCACAUUACAGGAGUAUCUGGAGGUGAAAAGGGCUCUGGCUUCCUCUGAAGCCAAGGUACAGCAGCUCAUGAAAGUCAACAACAACCUGAGUGAGGAGCUCCGACGUCUGCAGAAGGAGAUCUCACGGAUGCAGAUGGAGAACAGUGCGAUGCGGGGGGGCCAGGAAGGGGGAACUGACGUUUUGGGAGUGGGCAGUGGGUCAGGGCUUUGGGCUGGGGGGAUACGAGGGGCAGGGGAUGCCAGUGUUGGUGUGUCGUCAGCCCCUGUCCACCGGAGGGACAGACAAGCCAUCUCCAUGUACGAGCCUGGGGCAGCCCCACCCAAGCCACUCUCCCCAGCCCUGGACCCCCUUGCCAGCCGCCUGCAGCCCCUACACCCCAGUGUGCGGAAAGGUGUGUCCACAGUUCCCGCCCCCUACAGCAGCCUGCACCUCUCUGGAUCAGCUGAAGUGGGCCGGUACAUGGCCCCUAAGGGAGAAAAGCACACGAGUGGCACCGACAGUGACUAUGACAACACUCAAACAUAUGAUCUGUCACUCAGUGUGGGCCGCAGCAGUGAGGAGGAGAGCCGAGCCGACCUGGAGGAGGGGCCUAGUGAGGGUGGGGAACCAGACCCCACAUUGCCGUGCACUGAGGAUGUCAUCUUGAAGACAGAGCAGGUGACCAAGAAUAUUCAGGAACUACUUCGAGCCGCACAGGAGUUCAAACAUGACAGUUUUGUACCGUGCUCAGAGAAGAUCCACUGUGCAGUCACAGAGAUGGCCUCGCUCUUUCCCAAGCGCCCGGCGCUGGAUGCGGUACGUUGCUCCCUGCGCCUCUUGGCAGCCAGUGCCUCCCGGUUGCAGGGGGAGUGCCGUAAGGCUGUGCCAGCUGAGCCCUCAGCCACACCCGUAGACUACCAGCUCCUCACUCAGCAGGUCAUCCAGUGCGCCUACGACAUCGCUAAGGCUGCCAAACAGCUGGUCACCAUUACAACCCGUGAGAAGAAACAGUGAGCUGGGGGUCUGGGGGGGGGGUGGGGUGCAGGAGAGGAAUGGAGAAUGUCGUGGACGGCAGAUGCAGGAUUCGGAGAGGAGGAGAGUUGAGGGGCGAAGGACAACUGAGUAGAGACUAAAGGAACUGUGGAAGGUGCACAAGAUUAGAGGCAGCACACUAAGGGUUGAUAGAGAACACAGAUGAUGUGAUCCAUUUGAGGGCCUUGGCAUACACCCGUCAUACAGGGCAGUUCGUGUGUCACCGAGGAGCUUCAAAUGGCAAAAGACCGGACGGAGGGGGGCGGGGGUGAGACUGGCUGAAGCAGCAAAUUGGCUGGGUUCAUCUUGUCAAAUGUAUUCCCUCUCAUCCUGUGGAAAUUCUGCUGCUGGAAAACCCCUCACUGAAAUACCAUGACCGAAACUUUGAGGACCAGGCUGGGCUGAGAGUGCGACCUGGGAGUGGAGUGGAGUAGAGACUCGCUGCUCUGAGGCUCAGCUCUCUCAGGUGAGCAGUUAAGGGUGGAAACCCUGGAUGGCAGAGAGGCUUUGAAAGCAAGACUUGUCUGGAAAAAUCUUUUUCUUCAUUGUGGAAUUUGCAAGUGUUUUGUCUUUUUGUGUUUAUUUUUGUAUGCAUUUCUGUUGACCUGUACCUCCUGGGACAAAAUUGCUGAUGGAGAAACACUUAAACACUGGAAUAAUUAUUAUUAUUAUUAUUAUUAUUAUUAUUGUUUUGUAUCAUUAGUGAUGUCUGUCUGUCUUUUUAUUACUUGUUUAUGCCAUGUUAUGUUUCUUAGCCGGUUCUAACAAGAGGAACGUUCAGUGCUAAUUCAACGUUCUUGCCUGUCCUCCUCCUUGACUGGACAGGCCCUUGGGCCAAGCACAGUUCCCAGAGGACGUGUGUCUCAGUGUCACAGACCCCUUCAUGGAGGUGGUGUGUCUUUGUAGUAGUUUUUAAUGUGUAUCGAGCAUCACUUGAACAGUGGCCAAUCUUUUUUUCCUGGGGGUGUUGGGGGGUGUGUGCAGGUGUGUCAGGAUGAAACUCCUAGCAAGUGUGAGGUGGAUGAUUACCAGGAGCUCAUAAAUAGACUGAUGGGUAAAAGAUGAGGAUGACCAGAGUGUGAUAGGUCCUGGUACAAAAAAAAAAAAAACUGAUCUUUGAUAUUGCAGGGCAAGAAUUUCUACUGUCAGCAAAUUGCUCCCACCCCCAAAACCCUUUUCGUCGAAGUGGAAAACAAGCCUGAAUUUCUACCGGAGGCUUAAUGUGGCAGACCCUCUCGCGCACGCCUCGCUCAGUGGGAGUAGCAGAGGGUAGCUGGGGGUCUGCGGGCCAGUGCUGUCUGACUUUGACAUUGAGGGCUGCGGUUAUUAACAGCACUGUUACAGCGGUGCACUAAACUAACAAGACCUUUAAUGUGGGUGAAUUUAUGUGGAAAUGCUGUCAAAGUAAAAUGCUAACAGUAGGCUUUACCUCAUUGUUUAUCUGUAGCAUGACCACUUGUGGUGUCUGCAUUGGGCCUCUACUCAGUAGGCGUUUGAUGGUGGCUGGGCGGGGCUCUGUGAUCUCAGAUACUCGUUUCACCAAACUGCCUGCUUAUGCCAACCUUUUGCAUCCUGUUUGUACCAGUAAUAUUAAAAAGCCAAACAAAGGAGCUGGAAGUAGGGGGCAAGUGGGGUCCUUAGAUCAAUUUUAUCCACGCCCUCAAGACACAGUCCCAUGACCACUGCAGGAUACCCUCAGUCCUCAACUCCAGCUCUAUUAAGACUAGUUAAAUCUUUGUGUUUGUACUAGUUUUUUUUUUUUUUUUUUUUUUUUUUUUGGGAAAGCCUUAAACUAUGAAAUCUUAUUUUGCGAACCAGCAUUUGCCAAUGUUGUUUUCUUGCAAGUUCGUGUUGCUUCAUCCAGUUUUUGUAUCCUUAUGAAAGGACUCGUUUUACUCCUUUUUGUUUUUCAUUUUUACUGAGCGAUAAACUUUGCACUCUUGCUUGCUACACUUGCUUACAAUAUAUGCCAAUGUUUCACUGUUUCAACUGGGGAGAAAAAUACAACACUGCAAGUCUGGUGCCAGUUUAGUACUUCCCCAAACAUGGUCACCGAGUCGAAGCAGAUAUAUAAAUAUAUAAAGAUAUAUUUUCAUUAUAUUUUUUAAUAAGCUAUGUACGCAUUUGGGAGCCAUUACAUCGUUCAUUUUUAUUUGCUGUUCUCUAAUAGAGUGGCUAGGGCACAGCACUGUCCACUUGACUGGGUGUGGAGGUUAGUGGGAGUUGGUGUGGGGGUGCAGGUCAGUGGUUGCCAGACUAGAUCAGUAUUCCAGUGGGCCUGUUUCCCCCUGUGGCCAGGAUAGUUCAUUGUGCAUAUAGUCCAAACCCUGCAUCCCCUUGCUCACAUACCACCACCACCCAGGUCCAAACCCAGCUCAACAACAACAAAAGAACAACCAGAUGCAAGCAGGCAUCCAGUAUAGAAGUUUCCCACUUGGGCUCCCCCUCCCCCUGCUGGCCAAAGAGUGGUACUGCACUCUACCCACUCCUGUUUUUUUCAACUGGUCUCAAGGCUUCACUGGGCAAAGGGGUGGUGAUGGGGAGAAAUGCUCUAAACAGAGUUAAUCUGUACAAAACAGCAGAAAUAAAAUUACUCAAAAAAAUCUUAGACUUAAUAGACAAACUGUACAUUUGUAAUAAAUAUGUUACUUGUCUUAUGGUUUUUUUUGUGUGGGUCAUUGGCUAAUCAGUAAGACAUGAGUCAUUUAUCUAAAGCAGUCUAAUCUUACUUUUGUCUGUCAUCUAUUUACAUGUGUUUGUUUACUGGAAAAGUAGGGUUAUGUUGCCUGAGUGAGCCCCAUGGGACUUGAGCUAGAAAAAAAAAAAAAAACACUAGGUUUCCAAGUCCAUUUUAGUUGUAAAACAGAUUAAUGUCUGUGCUAUUACAUCUACUACUUUAAUAACCCUUGAGGGCUAUGGAGUCUGCAGGUUUUUUAACGGUUUAAUUGCCUCUUAAUCGUUUAAUUGCAGUAGAUCUUUUAGGUAAGAGGUCAUGUGACCUGCUGUGCUUAUAAAUCAGUCGCUAAUGGAAACGAAAGGCUGAAAGCUCCAGUGCAGCAAUGAUACCUCGUCGACCAUCUGGGCACCACUGAUACAGGAGCGCACUGCAAGCCUUGUUAAUAACCACACUGGCCUUUAUAUCUGUCACAGGACACUCAAUAAAGCAGCAGUGUUUGGAUACUUUCCCAAUGUUUUCUUGUGUCAGCAGACUUCCUGUCCUGGCUUGGCGCUAGAUUAAUAUCCCUGCCAUUACUUGUAAUCAGUCAGCUAUCCUGUGGUACAAAUGCUGGGGUAUGUAGUAUUGAUUUCCCCUGUCUUCCCAUUAUUGCACACAUUUCACAUUCCACUUGAUAAAAAUGCAUUAGAGGACAAGUGUGACUACAUAACCACACCAAAAUACUUUAUACAUAGAAAAGCAAUACAGAUCACAUCCUGCAUUUUUUUCUCAACUUUUCCUUAGUUUAAAAUAUGUUCAUUUAUGUAGCAAACUCUAAACAUCAUCGUGAAUAAGGGUCAGGACUGAGAACUGGGAGGUGCUGUAGUGUUCAGCUUGUAACCUACAGGGGGAAAAAAAAAAUAACUAUGCAAGUAAUCAGCUAUUCAUUUUCACUCCACCCAAACCUUUUCAGAUGUUACAAUGUCUAAAAAUACAUAUAAAAAGUACAAGUACUGAAUAACUGGAGCAUCUGCAGAUCAACUGGAGUCUGUGGACUCCUUAGCAAUAAGUCCUCCCUUCAAACAGCUGAGUCCUGAGGCCCUGGGAGUCCAUGUGUCUCUCUGAUCCUGCAGAGCACUUAGCAGACAGAAUUAUUUACCUGACAGAAGCUAUUUCUGGCUGCCUUUUCCAGAACAGUUAGCUUUUGGUGGAGAGCGAGAAAACAGUCUGAACAGUUCACACGUGCAAUACCCUACGGCACCACAGUGAUAACGCUACAUCAGCGCAUGCAUCUGUCAUGCCAUAGCAACAACAGAAAAAAAAAAAAAAAAAAACAAACAAUGGAAAACAUGUACGAACAUGAAAUGGCCACUUUGACGAUACCCAAAGGAGACCAAAGGACCUAGUUGGAAUAACAAAGAUUGUGUCUGAUGGUUUUGUGCAUCACACUGCCACAUUAUACAACUUUGGCCCUGGGUAUCGACACCCUUAAGUCUAAUUGUACACAUUGUCAUAGUCCAAACUCUCAAGUUACACGCACAUACAAACUAGUAGAAAUUUUCGUUAGAGCUUUACUUGCCUAUAUCAUCAUUCCAGGGUGUCAGGACACAGGAGUCAAUAUAAAAAUGAUUUUUAAAAAGUCUUUCCUUUAAAAGACAGCAUGUUUCUACAAGUUUUACAAUGAAACUUGAAACAAUGAUCCUUGCUCACACAGGCAAAAAUUGCUCACAGAGCAAUUUUAUAAAUGCCCAACACGUGGAUACACACACACACACACACACACACACACACACACACACACACAC